AUGUCCAGCGCGCAACCGUAUGAUCCAUAUAAUCCAUUUGGGGAUGAUGCGGCCAAAGAGGCCCAGCAAUCAGCAUCAGGCUCAGAAAAUGCAAAUAUUGGUGCAUCAAAAGCUACAGAUGAAUCGCAUGCCAAACUACAUAACUUGCAAAAUACGCUAGAUGAAACUGCUGGUAUAAUGAGAAAUAACUUGGAGGCAAUUAACCAGCGAGGCGAAACUUUAGAGGAUAUGGACACCAGGGCCAAUGAGCUUAGUAAUAAUGCCAAGAUGUUUAACAGAUCGGCAAACCAGGUGCGGAAAGAUAUGUGGAAGAAGAAUAUGAAGCUCAAGCUAUGUAUCAUUUUGGUCAUUAUAAUUCUUUUAAUUGUGAUUAUUGUUCCAAUUGCGGUUCAUUUCAGCAAAUGA